AUGGUAACAAGAAAAGUGGUGCGGACUGCAUUCGAGAAAUGUCUGAAAGCAGUGGAUCCUCGAAUUGCUGUUAGAGAUGCGAUCUCCCUUACACCUACCAGUCUGAAAAUCUGGAAUCAAGACUAUCCACUCUCAAACUCCACCAAAAUAAUCGUAAUCUCAUAUGGAAAAGCGUCGAUUCAAAUGGCAACUGGCGCUCAUGAUAUUCUGAAUCCUCAUCUCAAGAAGACGUUGAUUCUGGCACCCGAACAGCAGAAGACGUCAGUUGGAGAGUUGGGAAACACCACGAAAAUCUGGUUUGGCGCUAAAAACAACUUGCCUGAUGAGAAUUCUGUGCAGGCAACAAGGAAUUUGAUUCAAGAAAUCAGAGAAUCUGAUUCUGAAUCCACCCUCUUCUUAUUCUUGAUUUCUGGCGGUGGCUCCGCCCUCUUGACGGCUCCCCGAGAUACAGUAACCCUAGAGGAGAAGCUGAAAACAAUAAAGAUAAUGCAAGCUCACGGAGCAACAAUUCAAGAGUUGAAUACAGUAAGACAGAAGUUGUCCGAAGUCAAAGGCGGAAAACUGUUGAGGAAUAUCAAGAAAGGAUCCUCAAUUUCUCUGAUCAUUUCCGACAUUAUUGGAAAUAAUAUCGAUCUAAUUGCAAGUGGCGCUACAGUACCCCAGAAGGAUAACUCGGCGACGAUUUCUGAGAUUUUGAAGGAUUUGAAAAUUCAAGAGAAUGAUCUACCAGAAUCAGUGCAGAAAUUGUUGAAAGAGAAGGAAGGUGAGUGGGGGCAAAGUACGCUCUAUUGA